UUUACCUGUUUUUAAGGUUAGGUUAAUUUUUUAAACUGUUGACGAAAAUGGAUGUGAAACAGGGUCAACAAAAAAUUUCGUACACUAACGAAAUAUCGUUAAUGAUGUUCAGUUUUGGCGACAGUCACAAACCGAAUCCUGAAACUGUAGCUUUAGUGGAAUCCAUUGUUUUGAGUCAACUUAGAACGAUUAUACAAGAAGCGUUGAAAUAUGCCGACGAUUCGAACAUACGUGGGGAGCACUUGGUUUUUUUAAUGAGACACAACAAACACAAAAUGAGAAGGUUUGUUCAAUAUUUAUAUAACAAACAAACAAAGAAACUAAUACAAAACAUGCAGUCAAAAAUAAUUGAUUUGGAUGAAUGUGAUAAGCCAAAAGGUGAGCUCAUGAAAUUCAUUGAAAUGAUUGAUGAAACUGGCGAAUUCACCGACUUGACAGAAAUCGAUGAAGUUAAAUACCAGAGACAGUUAAGAGCUGACAGAAUAUCACAAGCUUUAGAUGAAAAGAAAUACUUGGAAUUCUGCAAGGCUAGAAGUGUAAGUUUCAACAGCAAAAACACUUGCAGAUCAUUAGAGAAAUUGCGUAUGUGGAUUUACCCCAAAACUGAUAUAUCCUUCAACCAAGAUGCUUUAGAUGUCCUCUCAUAUUUUGCUUACCAAACUGUUGCUGAAAUAACUGACUAUGCACUGCUGGUGCGGAUGGAUGGUAAAUACAACCCUGAUCCAAUGAAACCACUAUGUGGAUCAUAUUACACAUCGACGAUGUUCAAUGGAGAGUUCCGCUUUGCGAGAGCCACCACAUCGAAUCCUGAUUAUAGUCGUGUGUACAGUGGACAGCCGCCGAUCAGCGUUAAUGAAAUUAAGGAAGUUAUGCGGAGGGUGCACAUGCCACAGGCUGGCAGGUUGAAUUUUGGCGGAAAAGUACCUGAAACACACUAUUUAUUUGCUUUAUAAUUAGUGUUUGUUGAGUGUGUCAAAUGUCUAUGAUUUAUGAAUUUUUGUUGUGAUAUAUGAAAUUAAAUUUAGUUUGAUAAUAUGUAUUUAUUAUUUUUUAAUAAAACUAUAAUAAUACGA